AUGGCGGCCUUCUCGAUGACUCUGUCAAAUCCGAAGUCGUUCUCAGCUGCUCCACGAAGACUUUCUCCGAUCAACACCACCGCUCUCUCUUCCACCACUCUCCGCUUAUCCACCAAGCCUACUACCUUAGACUUCAUAAAGUUUCAAUCUUUAACGUCCUCGUCGCUCCUCGUCCAUACAUCUUCCACCAAAAGAAACAACCGCUGCUUCUCGGUUCAAUCCAGUGCCGAGCCUUUAGCUGAGCCACAAGCGAAGAUAACACAUAAGGUGUAUUUUGAUAUAAGUGUUGGGAAUCCAGUAGGGAAAUUAGCUGGGAGGAUUGUUAUUGGUUUGUUUGGUGAUGAUGUUCCCCAAACUGUUGAGAACUUCCGUGCUCUUUGUACUGGUGAGAAGGGGUUUGGGUACAAGGGUUCAACUUUCCACCGUGUCAUUAGAGAUUUCAUGAUUCAGGGUGGAGACUUUGACAAGGGCAAUGGAACUGGAGGUAAAAGUGUAUAUGGCCGGACAUUCAAGGAUGAAAAUUUCAAUUUAUCCCAUGUCGGACCAGGAGUUGUGAGUAUGGCAAAUGCUGGCCCUAAUACCAAUGGAAGUCAGUUUUUCAUCUGCACUGUUAAGACGUCAUGGUUGGACGGGAGGCAUGUGGUGUUCGGGCAAGUUAUAGAAGGAAUGGAUGUGGUGAGGCUGAUAGAGGAACAAGAGACAGACAGAGGAGACCGUCCCAGAAAGAAAGUGAUCAUUGCAGACUGUGGUCAACUUCCAAUGUCUGAAGCUUAA